GCUGUGGGCCGUUUUCAAAAAUGGCGGUGUAAAACAAUUUGUGAGCAGAGUGUAACAGAAAAUCGUCCUUUUUGAUUAUUUUGAAGAAGAAAUGCGCGAUUUUCUUGCUAAAUACCACAUUUUAAGGCGUACACCUUUCAAGUUUGACAACGAUGUGACUCAUUCAAGUGCAAAUUUUGCAAAAUUUUAGAAUGACCGACGAGAAAAGGACCAUGAAAAGACAGGAGCGCAACUUUCCCAGUCUUGAUUUGUCGUCGACUUCAAUGCUGAAUACCAACAAUAAUCAGCCCAUUCUGGUCGUCCAAAGCCCGAAGACGCCGACGCUUUCUAGGAAAUUAAAAGCGGUUAGCCUGGACUCAGAUCCCGUGAAGGCGCUCGAGAUGAAACGGGACGUCUCGUCGAUGCCGAACACGCCCAAACGGCAGUUGAAACAGCGACAGAUGGAAUGCGAAGAGAACGGCCAUAGGGCGGUCAGUUUGGGUUCGAAUUUGAAACGAUUUGCCUCAAAUACGAGCAUAUCCGGCUCACAAACCCUAAAGACGCUACCCGAGGUGAUGACUUUGCAAGACUUCUCCGACAGCAAACCGGAGCCGGUACGUAUCAAAGCCAAGGGGUUGUUGGAGCGUCGCGGCUCGAAUGCCAGUUUGACGAUCGACCUCGGUUCGAACUCGAGCCUAUCGGAGAAUCGCGGCAAUCUCAACGCUCGAACGACGAAAAGCGCCUCAAACCUCAAUCUCUCGAGUUACUCGUCCGACAAGUGCUCGUGCGAGCUUCAGACCGUCGUCAAGAAGAACGUACAUCGCGACGAGGGCCAGACGACACGCGGCAGCCUCUGUAAAAAUCGGUGCUACACCUUCCACAAGAAGUGCAACUGUUUGUGCAACUUUAAGUGUCGCCGCAAGUCGCUGUCGAACGAGAAUCUGUACGUUCCCCCCUGCAGUUUUUGUCAGAUGCGGUCGUCGCGCGAGUGCGGCCUCGGACUGCGCAGCUGUAAGGGUUGCCGACGCGCGAUGUACCCACGCCAGCCCGAGCUCGAACCCACGCACAUCCUCUCCGAGGACUUCAAGCUGCACCUGCAGAACAUCCAAUAUUUGCAGACGGCGGGGAGCAUUCUUUCGGUUGCCGAUCUAAAAAGUGCUUGUGAGCCGUUGAGGGUGCCCAAGCUGCACCAGGAGUUCUGGGAGGUGCCGCUGAACCUGCAGGAGAAGUGCAUCGUGUCGGGAACGCAAAGCAAGAACCGCUACAAGGGCGUCCUGCCGAACGAGCACAGUCGCGUGCAUCUGCCGAGCGUCGCCGGAUACAUUCACGCUAAUUACAUUAAGGGACCGGAUUACUCGGAGACUGCGUAUAUAGCGACUCAGGGACCGAUGGAGCAUACCUGCGAGGAUUUCUGGGAGAUGGUGUGGUCAUCUCGGUGCGAGUGCAUCGUGAUGCUGACCGGCCUAAUCGAAAAGGGCAAGAGCAAGUGCGAGCUGUACUUUCCGCUCGGGAAGCCGCCGUCCGAGGGCAAGUCCUACCUGUACGUAACGACGACGAGGCCGAGGGAGAAGUUCACGUUCGACGUUGUUCGCGACGAGACCGAGACGAUCGCGUUCGAGGAAGUCGACGAGCUGAGGUACGGUAACUAUAAGAUUAUGUUCUGCAAGAAGGAGAGCCUGGGCGAGUGCGUCGUGCGCGAGUUUCGCCUGAGCAAGGGGGGCGUCGACGUGCGCAAGGUCGUUCACUAUUGGUUCGCGAACUGGCAGGAUCACAAGAUGGCCAAUCCGCAGCAGGUGCUCGAGAUCGCGUUGCACAUUUUGGAGUCGGCCGGCGCGAGCAAGCGCAAUAAUAACGUCGGCAAGUUUUCCAGUCGGCCGGUGAAGGUGAAGGAGUCCGACGGAGUCGUGCCGAUCGUUGUGCACUGCAGCGCCGGCAUCGGCCGUACGGGCUGCUUCCUCGCGAUACUGAACGGCAUUCGGCAGUUGAGGAGUAAUUUUAACGUAGAUAUUUUGGCGAUUUUGUGCUCGUUGCGAUUGAACAGAGGGGGAAUGGUACAGACUGCCGAACAGUACGAACUUAUACACAGGGUGUUGAGCUUAUACUCGGAUCGGAUGCCGUUAUGCUAAUUGGCUUCUGUUUACCGAGAUUUGUCACAACGCAGCGUUUACAAUUUGAGGGGCCAGUGAAAUAGUCUUACUAUCGCAUUUUUUUUUAAAUAUUUUUUAACCGCCGACUGAGUUGCGUGACAAUGAUUAGUUUUCAAUUUUAGACUUAAUGUUAACCGUAGUAGAUGGUAAAAAAAAUGUUGUAUUUUGUCGUAUCCGAGAUGCCGCUUUCAACACACUAACAUUUGUGCCAAUUGCCAGGUUAUGCUUUCGCCGCGCCCCCUGGCGGAGCGCGGCGCAAGCGUCUCGAUCAAAAAAUUUAUUCAUCGUACGAUUCGUGUUAGUGUAAACUAUAUUUUUAAAUUUAGGUGUAUCGAUUUCUCCUGAUUUGUUUGUGUACCGUUGAUGUUAUUCAUAUUUGUGAAACAGUUGAGGGUUUUCGACUAGUGCUGGCGAUUUUUAGGGCCUCCGUAUAUCUUGCCUUCACUACCAAAUCAUUCAGCUGAUUGGUUACGAUAAUAUUACCACGGCGAGAUGAAUUUAUUAUUUGGGGGCCUUGGGGGGUAUACGAACACUUGGUUUAUAUGAGCGUACGGAUAAUCCCAUGAUGAUUGUAGGGAAAGGGUAAUUGAUUUCCCCUUCGCUGGGGGGUAUUCCAUACCCCCCAGACCCCCGGUGGUGCCUUCUCUGCCAAAACUGUCUUGCUUCACCACUCUCAUUACAGAUUUCAGUAAAAUGCCAUCGAACGUACCUCUGGGGGGUAUGGAAUACCCCCCCCAGCAUAUCACUACUUUGUUUAUAUGAGCAUACAGAUGGUCCCAUGAUGAUUGCAGGGAAAGGGUAAUUGAUUUCCCCUUCGCUGGGGGGUAUUCCAUACCCCCCAGACCCCCGUGUUGCCUUCUCUGCCAAAACGGUCUUGCUUCACCACUCUCAUUACAGAUUUCAGUAAAAUGCCAUCGAACGUACCACCGGGGGGUCUGGGGGGUAUGGAAUAUCCCCCAGCAUAUGAACACUUUGUUUGUAUGAGCAUACGGAUGAUCCCAUGAUGAUUGCAGGGAAAGGGUAAUUGAUUUCCCCUUCGCUGGGGGGUAUUCCAUACCCCAGACCCCCGUGUUGCCUUCUCUGCCAAAACGGUCUUGCUUCACCACUCUCAUUACAGAUUUCAGUAAAAUGCCAUCGAACGUACCACCGGGGGGUCUGGGGGGUAUGGAAUAUCCGCCAGCAUAUGAUCACUUUGUUUGUAUGAGCAUACGGAUGAUCCCAUGAUGAUUGCAGGGAAAGGGUAAUUGAUUUCCCCUACGCUGGGUGGUAUUCCAUACCCCAGACCCCCGGUGUUGCCUUCUCUGCCAAAACGGUCUUGCUUCACCACUCUCAUUACAGAUUUCAGUAAAAUGCUAUCGAACGUACCACCGGGGGGUCUGGGGGGUAUCAGCAUAUGAACACUUUGUUUAUAUGAGCAUAGGGAUGAUCCCAUGAUGAUUGCAAGGAAAGGGUAAUUGAUUUCCCUGUCGCUGGGGGGUAUUCCAUACCCCCCAGACCCACCGGUGUUGCCUUCUCUACCAAAACUGUCUUGCUUCACCACUCUCAUUACAGAUUUCAGUAAAAUGUCAUCGAACGUACCACCGGGGGGUCUGGGGGGUAUCAGCAUAUGAACACUUUGUUUAUAUGAGCAUAGGGAUGAUCCCAUGAUGAUUGCAAGGAAAGGGUAAUUGAUUUCCCUGUCGCUGGGGGGUAUUCCAUACCCCCCAGACCCACCGGUGUUGCCUUCUCUACCAAAACUGUCUUGCUUCACCACUCUCAUUACAGAUUUCAGUAAAAUGUCAUCGAACGUACCUCUGGGGGGGUAUGGAAUACCCCCCAGCAUAUGAACACUUUGUUUAUGUGAGCAUACGGAUGAUCCCAUGAUGAUUGCAGGGAAAGGGUAAUUGAUUUCCCCUUCGCUGGGGGGUAUUCCAUACCCCCCAGACCCCCGGUGUUGCCUUCUGUGCCAAAACGGUCUUGCUUCACCACUCUCAUUACAGAUUUCAGUAAAAUGUCAUCGAACGUACCACCGGGGGGUCUGGGGGGGUAUGGAAUACCCCCCAGCAUAUGAACACUUUGUUUAUGUGAGCAUACGGAUGAUCCCAUGAUGAUUACAGGGAAAGGGUAAUUGAUUUCCCCUUCGC